GAAGAAAAGCUUGAUGGUGCUGCUGUAUCGGAGAUUGAAACUAAGCCACAAGAGGUGGAUGAUGUGGCUACGGUGGUGUCUGAAAAAACUGCGGUUCCAGUGGAUAUAUCAUCAGCUGUUGUUACUCAAAGUAUAAAGGAUGAUGUCAAAGAAGACGCUGAGAACGAUUCAGAAGCUGGUAAGUCACUGGACAUACAU